GCACACGAUCGGUCUUCGUCGACCUUCGGCCAAUACGCGUGUUUCGAUCACCAUUUCCCCGGUUAACUAUUUUCCAAAACCCACGAGACAUACCGAUCCGCACCGAUCCGCACCGAUCCUCCCCUGCAUCGAUCUCGCGAUCUACGGCAACCUCCCCUGACACCUUCACCAUCGGCACCCACGUGACACCGGCGACCACGUGACUGGGAUCUUCGCGGUGGAUCUUCGCGGCGGAACGUCAACAUCCGUCGACACAGCCCGAGGGAUCUCCGGUUCCGCUGCCUGCCGAAGCCGCUCUUCGCCCGAGGAUGUUUCGACGUGGACGUUGAUCGGUCGCGUUGCGUAACCGCGGACCGGCUGACAGUGUUUCCGUGUGGGGACGAAAAAAACGCGUGUGCUUGUUGUUGUGGUUGGUGCUAUUGCGAAGAGGAGGAACGACGGAUUCCUCCAGGCGAUUCGUAAAGGCUGGAAAACCGAUGAAGAUGGAAAUACAUGAAUGAAUGAAAGGUGCGUCAUAAUUAGACGCGGAGGAGUAAACGACGUCUGAAGUAGCUUUUAUGAAACUGUUCGAUGAUAUCGAAGAACGAGUGGGAGGACUAACGACAGCUUUUUAUCGUCGUAAUAAACGAAAGUAUUUCGUAAAGAAAUUGAAAUAGAAAUCACGGUGCACUGGUUUACGAGUGUAAUAGGAUCGAGACUCGCCAAGCGGACAGGAAGUGUACCCGAGUCGAUCGGUACAAUCUCGUUACCAGUGGCAGUCGAUUCGAUUCUAUGGUGAAAUCGGGCCGAGACUAAGUUGAAUGCGAGAACAGCAAUCGGCAAAGAACAGUACAAACGAUUUCGUGACUCUUACUACCUACGUUUUUUGCGUCGUUUCGAAACGUCCACGUUCGACUUUGAUCAAAGAAGAAACUCUCGUAUGGAAUUUGAUUAAGCGCUGAAAUCGCAUCGCGGUGUUUGCAACAUACGAUCAUGGAUAACUGUCGCGAUGUUUUUAGUAAAUUGCCGAGCGUCGAACGGGACUGUCCGGGUGGCAGGACUCGACGAAACCAGGCUGACCACGUCGUUCCGAGCGAAUCACAUCGAUCCGUGUAAUUUGGCGGGAUUUAAUUACAGUAAGGAAGCCGCGUUAUUAAGUCCCGCAGUGAAGGGACCGAGCGAAAGAAUUCAGGUUUCCUGCGUCAUCGAUCAGCGGAACCGGUGGAAAGCCGGAGACUUGAAUGCCCGCACAGGCGCACGCCAUGGGAUCGUUUUACGUCCGCUUUUAGAGCUGUUCAUCCUCGAAAAACACUUGAACAACUCUGCCGUUGUCGAUCCUUUUUCACCGAUGAAUACCAAUUAAAAAUCCUCCCGAUAAACUCCGAUGAGGUCUGAAUCUUCUUCAUUGAAUACCCGAUACGAUACUUGAAUCCACAGAAAUUGAACAGUUUCUCGAAACGAAUCUAUUGAACUUUAAAUUUCUAAGUAAUCGAAGAUUCGAGUGAUCAGAGACGAUCAAAGUUUCGCAUGAACAUUGACGAUCGCGAGCAGGUGUUCUUUGCAGCGUCGACGUCGUUGGGCUGCUCGAGCGGGGAUCGAGAAGAAAAAGAGGGUCACGCUCGUUUGGAAAAUUGGAUGUGCUCCAGAGGGACUCUGUUUAGCGGCGAGAGGGACCGUUAUCGAGGACAGGCGAUUUAUCAGCCCAUUGUCUUCGGGCCGGUCGAGUGUGCUUUAGUUUCUGGCAUCGUCGCGAACGUACGGUCCACGGAACCGGCACUUUUAACGAACGCAAUUCUGAUCGAAUGUCAACGAAGCGGCGUGCACAGACGGCGAUUAACAGUACACCAGGAUCGUUCCACGAGUCGCGGUCGUAAAAUACGACGAAAUUACUGGAUUUAACGAACGGGUGUAAUUGCGAGCGAAUGCCAACAAACCGGUGUGCUCGGAUGGACAGAAAAGUGAUCGACGACAAGUGGGUUUUCGUAUCGUUUCGCGAAGUAGAGCUAUAAAAUAUUUGUGUUCCUGGAACGAGACGAGGCUGAAGUGUUUAUGGAGUUAUUUGACGUAGCUUGCGAGUGAAUCGUUUGAAGAGGAACGAUAACGAAAGAGAUUGAACGUCAAACAAAGACUCUAUGAACGUGCAUCCGUACUCACUCGAACAGUGGUGGUGCUUCGUUGCCACCUUUCGGCAAACGACACAGAGUAUCCCGUCGAAGACGAGACUCGACUGUCCGCGAAUUCUGGUGAUCGUGAACGAGCAAGCAUCUGUGCCGGGUAUAGCAAAAGUGGCUCAUCAUGUCGGUGAUGGAGGCCGGUGAAGCCGACAGGACGACUAUGUCACCGCUGGACGAAGUCGUGUCCCCGACGAGCGUCGAGUCGGAACUGAUGGUCACCGACAUGUUGGACGAGCACGAGACCACGCUGAACGAGCACAGGAACGGCAAGCGUAAGAGAGACACGGACGGCGAGGAACUGACACCCAGGAAGCUGCCCUCACUCACGAGGAACAACAACGACGUGGGUUUCGUCCUCGAAGAAAGCGCCGACGACGAUCUUCACGAGGAUAGGGAUGACGACCGUUUAACUGGUCACGGGGGUAUUUCCUCGCUGGGCGGUGGAAAUUCCUCGCCGUAUUCCGGCGCCCAUCACCACGGUCACAGAGGCAAUGGGAACGGUAGCGGGAUGCCCCAUCAUGGGGGUGCAUCCUUGCCAACCGCCUCCGACUUUCAACCACCGUACUUUCCACCCCCUUUUCCAUCGCACCACCAUGCGCCGGCGAGUCCUCAACAUCCGGGACUCGGGCAACCGCAACAUCUCGAUUACCUCGUCGGCGAUCCUUACACGCAGACGCUCAACACGUUACAUCAACAUCACUAUAAUCACCUGAGCGCCGCCGUCACGGCUGGCCAAAGGAGCGGAGAUCUUAGGAGAGACGCCGAGGGUAUCCAUGUGACGAAUAUGCAUGCGUCCUUUCCAUACGAUGGUGGCCGCAGCAGUGGCGGAGGCGGUGGCGGUGGCGGUGGAGGCGGAGGCGGAGGUGGUGGUGGCGGAAGGGGCGUCGAAUAUGGCGCUGUUCGGCGUCCUGACGCCCUGCUGCCACCCCCAGGCCUCGACCAAACCGACCUCGUUCUCCACAGCAGCCUCGUAGACGACCCCCAGGUGAGCGACGAUAACACAAACGUAGACGAUGGAGGGUUCAUGAACGACCUGCCUCUCCUGAAAAACAUGAAACCAUCGGACAGGAGCGAGAAGGCGAUGCUGACCGGAAACGCGCAGCCUUCGGAUGUGUUCUGUUCGGUUCCAGGACGAUUAUCGUUACUAAGCAGCACCAGCAAGUACAAAGUUACAGUAGCCGAGGUACAAAGACGACUAUCGCCACCGGAAUGCUUAAACGCGAGUCUCCUUGGAGGAGUCUUACGAAGGGCAAAAUCCAAAAAUGGCGGACGUCUGCUUAGGGAAAAAUUGGAGAAAAUUGGGUUAAACUUGCCAGCCGGAAGGAGGAAGGCAGCCAAUGUUACGCUCUUAACAUCAUUAGUGGAAGGAGAAGCCAUUCACCUUGCCAGAGACUUCGGCUAUGUUUGCGAAACCGAAUUCCCUGCGAAACAAGUUGCCGAAUACCUGAGUCGGCAGCAUUGUGAACCGCAAGAUUCCUACAGGAGAAAAGAACUUCUUCAUGCCACCAAACAAAUCACCAAAGAGCUGAUGGAUCUUUUGAAUCAAGAUAGAUCACCACUUUGUAACACACGGCCGCAACACAUCCUCGAUCCAAGCAUACAGAGACACCUAACACAUUUCUCUCUUAUAUCACAUGGAUUCGGGAGUCCUGCAAUCGUAGCCGCUCUUACGGCAAUACAGAAGUUCCUAAGCGAGUCGCUGAAUCACCUGGAGAAGAUGUACCCAGGGAACGGUAGCGGCGUGACAAGUAGUCAGCAAUCGAAUCUCGACACGAAUAAGAGCAAGGACGGCACGUUGAUGAACGACAUGAAGAAGUGACGCCCGGAGGACCCGCCUACCUCGAACGUGGUCACUUCAAUCAGGCACUCAUGGCCAUAUAACUGAGCUUAUUGCGAGUUGUCCUCCUCGCUAACAGCUUCCGGUGGACCACUGAAACGACGCGUAUGUCCGUGCAGAGACCAGCGCGAUUGAAUAAUCAAAAUAAAGAAGAAACUAUAUAAAAUCAUAUUAAAUAGAGCCCAGCAAAAUCGGAAGGGGAACGAGCGUGACAGCUAGGUGCGGAUAUCCGUGUUCGUCGAGGUUGGCUGGUCGAAAGUGUUCUAGGUGUAACGACACGAAGUCACGAGCAAUGUGCAAUCACCGUUUAGCGAUCGACGAAAUCUCGAUCGUAGACCUCGACAAAGGUCUAAUCGAAGCUCUGGUCGAACCGAAUCGGCCGGCAGUGGGACACACGAGAUACGAUAUUUAAUUUUCCUCUUUAUUUUUUAGGGAAUCACGUCAGGACACUAUUUCGUUGACACUUUGACAACACACACUUGCAGUCGUAUGUAUCAUUUACUAUGCAGAGAUGACUUGUUAAUUAGUAGAAACGUGAUUAAUAUAUUUUCGUUGUUGACUGAAACGAUAGCUAAAACAUGUAUCAUUUCGAAAUCAUGAAAAAUGAGAUUUGACAGGGUGAACAGAGUACAAUAGCUCGAUAAUUAGCCGUCAUAUUAGGAACCCCUCGAUCUCCCACGCGUAUGUACACUUCAUUUUUUUACCUAAUUAUAAUAUUCGUUCGAUAAUUAUCUACAUUCGGAGCUCUAGAAGCGAGUCAUUCACUAUUGCUAACAGGGAAUUAUACAGCUAAUGAAUGACAAAGACCUCUAAAACCCUAAAGGUGGGAAAUUAUAUCGAGCGACUACUGUACUACGCCUCGAUUUCUGUCAACCAAUUUGCCAUCUCUGCACAGUAUCUUUAUCGACAAACAACGUAUACUCAAGGUAGGAAUAACUUCGUUCCCUCACUGCCUACUUUAUUUGAGACGCGUUUAUGCUGAUCGAGAAGAAACGGGUCCGUAUCGAUCGAUUCGAGAGGAUCGUGGUUGCAACGAGUCCGCGAUCAUUGAAAGUUUCAAUAUUUCUUCCUCUUAGGUUCUCUCUCUUUCUCUCGAACGGAGGAUAUUUGUACUGCUACUUGUGAUAGGCUUAGCGAUAGUCCAAACGUUUGUGCAAUCGUUACGAUUUAAUCUUUGCAAUGAUUCUUACCCGUGCUCCAAACUUCGCGAUCUACCGGUAGACUUUCUUGCUUAUCGAGACGGUUGGGAUCGUUUCGUUCCGAAACAAAUGAAAUUUAGCGUAGACGUCGUAGACUUGUUCGUGAUUUGAUUCGAACACGAUUAGGAAUUUAUUCCCAGUUUUCAACGCGUUAACCUUUUGAGUACUGAAUUCUUUCGACGUGAAUGCAUGCCAGGGACGUUGCUUAGAUUUAAACUGCAUCUGUAUAGAUUCACUUGUAGGUAUGAUUGUUCUUUUUUAUUUUUCAAUAUCGAGAUAAGUUUAAAAAAAAUUGUAUAUAUGUGUCUAAUUCACGGUAAUGAGAUUUUAUAUACGUCUGCGGCGCUUAAAAAAGAUGAACAUAGAAAUGUGUUGGAAAGGAGUGAACUGGGUUUGAAUUUCUUGAUUGUUUCUGUUCUUGCAACUCGCGAAUCGAUCGAUAAUUGUACACAGAUUAAGAAGAAUUAAUUCGUAGAAGUUUUUGAGCCGAUUGUUUAUAUUGCUCAAGCAUUGUUAUUCUUUGCUCGUUAACGAGCGUAGCAUCGAUUAUGAACUCUGCUAUCUAAGCAUUAAUAUUAUCAGCAUAGUGAUAUAUUGCUCUCUACAGCUUGUAAUUUAACAGUCGUAAACGUAAUUCACUUGUGAAUAUUUUACAGACGAUUUUUAUCCAUCGACCGAGUCCAAUGUGUAAAAUAGCUCUGUCCUAUUUUAUGCAUAUUUGCUCACGGUGACUCGCAUAUUUGUUCACGUGCUUUCAUAUUUUUCAUUGUAUAUACAAUAAAAGUUUGUUCAAUUGGGAAAGCUCAGUAUCCCUUUUAGUAUCAUCAAAAUAAAUAAUUACUUAAUUUAUUAAUAAUACCUAUUAUUGUUAUCGUUCUAUUCCAUAAAAACAAGUGUUAAUUUCAUAUGAACAAAUGUGUCUGUCAUGUAAUUAGCGAAUCAACAACACUCGUUGAAUAUUCAUGAAUGUUACAGGUUUUGAAAUUAUAAAUCUCAUUGCUAACACCUUGCAAUUUUCAUUUUGCUUUUUAUCACUGACAAUCAGCACUAAUGGCAUAAUAAUAGCAGUGCAGCAUUAGAUGUAAUAUUAUCAAGAGAUAAUAUCAUGGACUCGGUUGUAUUAUGAUUUUCCUCUUAUUAGAAUCUCUAAAAUUUUGCAUCGAAUUUAAACAAAAAUACUUCAUCUAUGUUAGCUAGAUGAUGUUACAGCCGUCCGAGGCUGAAAAGUAUUAAUUUAGGAUUGUUAUCUAUUGCGUUAAUUGCCGAUCAAGUUUUCUAUUUAAAUCAAAAUAGCUGAAUUAUCCGUUCACAACGAUUGCUAGUUUCGAUUUCAGCACGAUUACACUGAGUUUAUAGUUAGCUAGAAUUAACGAUACUAAACAUAGCUUUCCGUACGGAAUACCAAAAGACACUUUUCAAGCAUAUCGUGCAAAUUUCUCGCUCCAAGCUUGCUACAUUAUAUUAAGAUCAUAGCCAGUGCAAUUUUCAGAUGGUUCAACGUUUUAUUAUACACUUUAUCUAAUUAAUGUUCUAUCACACAUCCUAAAUACCAUAUAAAGAACCAUUUGUUGGUGUCAAAAUUAACUCAGACCCGCUGGAAAUUGAUUAACACCAUUUUUUAAAACGAACUUACAAUAGUAAUCCCUCAUAUAUUGGUGUAAUUAUCAUUUUUUGGGGUCGGACAAAAUCCCUUAAAAAUUAAAAAAUUGUCUAAUUAUGAAAUGUUAAAAUGGUGAGGGCCCAAUCCACAUUUUUGGGGGGCUAGGCCGAUCUUGGUCCCUGCCUAAUUACACCAGUGUCCUAAUAGGCAACGCGUCGAUCAACAAGCAAUCUUUCGAACGAUCAAUCGCAAUAAGAUCAUGUAUCCCCUUCUCCUCCUAAUUAUUCCACGAUUUUUGUUCUCGACACGAACAGAAGAACAAAUUACAUAUAUCGUCGACAUCGACGAUUAGUCUUUUCUUUUUUCAUCGUGCCAAUGCGAAAGUUGCCAUUCGAGAUGUGCCAAUUAACGAUAUCGAGUUAGAAACGUAAGUCGAAGAAACGAGAUCGAGCUAGAUAAAGCUACGUUUUUAAAACGCGAAGAGUAGAAUCAAUGAUCGUGUUCGUAUCGAUACAGGAGCAAUCGUGUGCUCGACCGUUUCAUGCAGAAUGGUAAGGAGAGAGUAAAUUGAGGAAAGGAAGCACGAGAAAUUGCGUUGAAGUACAAUACCAGGUGAACCUGAGACAUAUCUAACUUUGUAAUUAAAUCUUAGGCGUAUGUAAAUGUAAGGAUUAAGAAACCUGAUCGAACGUCUCGCGUUCCGGGAUAUUAUGUACAGAGUAUUUGAAUCUUUCUUGUGAUAUAAUCGUAACAUUACUAAGAUAUAAAUCGAUAACAAGGCAAGACAAAAAAAAAAGUAAUUACUAUUAUCAUUCCAUGUUUUUUCAUAGAGAGACGAGCUGUUAGCGUGGUCGUGAAGGGUGCCGAAACAUCCCUCUGUUUUUAAUCCCGAGGAAAACGAUUCGUGCUAUGUAAUUUUUAAAGAAUUUCCUUUUCCUUAGAGAGGAUACAAUUUUCUCCCUUACGAUUUUGCGCUUUAAUAUUGUUGCCGGUCUGUCUGUUGAAUAACGAAGGAACGAUACUCAGUUUCCGACUAAUUCUGUGAAUUUAGUUGAACGAAAAGAGGAUGUAUAGAAAGAAGUGUUAAAAAUCUUGAAAGUUGAAAAAAU